GCCAUUUUGCCUCACUUACUUCUGGGGUCUGCGUGAGCAUCUGGCCCCGACCUGGUAAAGGGUCGGUUUCGCCCAGCAGUAAGCCCUACACGUGGACAGAGGAUGAACACCGGACAAGCGAACGGAAACAACACGCAACAAGUGGUGACCCCGACGUGAUCUGUCUGCUGAGGGUGGCUGCCCGGCGUGCCCGUGACGUGGAGAAGAGCCUGCGAGGUGGCGGCAGGUCGCGUGCGUAACAAUGGACCAAGUCAUUAAGGUCCGGCGCCCAGACGGCAGCGAAUAAAACGGCGACGGAGAGAGAGGAAGAUUGCGAGAAGGACAAAGAAGAGUCGCAGAGGCUCGGGGGGGGGUGCAACGGCGCCGACGGCCCCUCCUAAUUCUAUUGCGUUGUCACUGCCCCCGCCCUACCCUAAGCAGCCGUUAUAUCCUUCUUUGGCAAAGACAUCGGAGCAGGGGGCGGGACCGUCCCCAAAAGGAAAAGAGGAGGGGAGACUUAAGCUUACCGAUUGGGGCCAGGUUAAAGAGGAAGUAGCACAGAAAGGCUUGGCGGUAACUUAUACACUCCCAGUUGUUGUCUCGGAGGAGGGAGGCCCAAUCUGGGUCCCGUUGGACCCAAAGGGGGUAGCAAGGAUGAUUGAGGCAGUAGAAAAGAAAGGGCUGAAAUCACCAUUGACGAUGAAUGCCCUUGAGACCCUCACAGCAUCGGGCCCAAUGCUGCCUUACGAUAUUGAGAACUUAAUGCGCAUGGUGUUGAAACCGGUGCAGUAUACGCUCUGGAGAGAGGAGUGGCAUACCAAAAUAAAACAAAUGCUGAUUACGGUGCAGGGUGAUCAAAGAAACCCUAUAUACGGGUCUGAUAUACAGAGAUUAAUGGGCAGUGCACCAGGUCUGCUGACCCCUCAAGCACAAGUUGGACAACUUAGACCAGGAGAGCUGAUAGCGACUACGGACGCUGCAAUAGACGCGUUCCGAAAGCUUGCAAGGAGUGCUGAGCCCACUACUCCGUGGACAGAGAUUGCGCAAGGCCCCACAGAGCCGUUUCAGGAGUUUGCAGACAGGUUAAUUAGGGCAGUGGAAGGCUCGGAUCUGCCCAGAGCGGUUCACGGUCCUGUCAUCCUGGAUUGCUUGUAUCAGAAGUCCAGUGAAGAGGUGCAGGGGAUUUUGAGAGCGGUGCCAGGGAGGCUCCAAACCCCUGGUGAGGCCAUCAAGUAUGUCUUAGAUAAGCAAAAGGCCUAUCCGUCCGUGGCAGGGGAGGUAGCCGCGGCGGUAGCAGGAGUAAUGAUGGCCUGUAGGGAAACAGAAUAUCGUAGUGCGGACCGACAGUUAGGACCUUGCUUUAAAUGUGGCCAGUCGGGCCAUAUUAGGGCCCAAUGCAGAAUGGGCACGGGUGGAGGUGUAACAUGUCAGCAGUGUGGGCGGAAGGGUCAUAUAGCACCACAGUGCAGGGCCCGUAGGCCUCCACGACAGGGAAAUUAUGACGGGAGACCGUCCACGCACGGCAACUUCAUUUCUCAAUCGGUGCGGGCCCCUGACUUAAGUCUACCCAUGGCGGCGCUGUCCUUAAAUACCCACGAGCGCCCUCUUAUAAGACCCUAUGUCAACCGAUCAUGGACGAUGGUAAGUCCAAUAAACACAGAGAGUUUUUCAAUAAGUAGUAGAUAUUGUGGAUUCACCAGCAACGAGACUCGUUAUUAUAGAGGGAACUUUUCUAAUUGGUGUGGUUCAAAAGGGGGAAAAUGGUCAGCGGGAUACAGUAAUGGGACAGAAUGUUCCGAUGGCACGGCGGGUUGUGGUGGUAAUUGCACGGCGAAAUGGAACAAUUAUGCAUAUGGGUUUACCUUCGGGAAUAAGCCAGAGAUAUUGUGGAAUAAUGGGACUGCUAAGGCACUCCCCCCAGGUAUUUUCUUGAUUUGUGGGGACAGGGCUUGGCAAGGUAUCCCGCGUAAUGCCUUGGGAGGGCCCUGUUAUCUAGGACAAUUGACUAUGCUCUCUCCUAACUUUACCACCUGGAUGACGUAUGGGCCGAACAUUACGGGUCACCGCCGUAGCAGGCGCUCGGUGAGUCGUCUCUCGCCUGACUGCAGUGACGAGAUACAGCUAUGGAGUGCGACAGCCCGGAUAUUUGCUUCUUUCUUUGCUCCUGGUGUAGCCGCAGCACAGGCCUUAAAGGAGAUUGAACGCUUGGCAUGUUGGUCGGUUAAGCAAGCGAAUUUAACAUCAUUAAUAUUGAAUGCGAUGCUGGAGGACAUGAACAGCAUCCGGCACGCGGUGUUGCAGAAUCGAGCAGCCAUCGAUUUCUUACUCCUGGCGCAGGGACACGGGUGUCAAGACGUGGAAGGGAUGUGUUGCUUCAAUCUCAGCGAUCACAGUGAGUCCAUUCACAAGGCGCUUCAAGCCAUGAAGGAACAUACAGAGAAGAUACGGGUGGAAGACGAUCCCAUAGGGGAUUGGUUUACGCGCACGUUUGGUGGUCUUGGAGGGUGGCUCGCAAAAGGCGUUAAGACGCUAAUGUUUGCAUUGCUUGUCAUAGUCUGUCUAUUAGCUAUCAUUCCAUGUAUAAUCAAGUGCUUCCAGGAUUGUCUAUCGAGAACAAUGUAUCAGUUUAUGGAUGAACGCAUAAAGUAUCAUAGAAUUAGGGAGCAGUUGUAGGUUCCGAGCGCGAUGUGACGGGAGUUAUCGGCAUAGGGAGGGGGAGAUGUAGUAGGCGUAGCGAGGAAAACGGGAUGUGACGCGUGCAGGCUCCCUAUGCCACGUGUGUGCGCCAAGUGUAGCUUUGUGAUUGGAGGAAACACUUGUACUUAAACACAUAGCAUAUAGCAAUAAACGCCAUUUUGCCUCACUUACUUCUGGGGUCUGCGUGAGCAUCUGGCCCCGACCUGGUAAAGGGUCGGUUUCGCCCAGCAGUAAGCCCUACACGUGGACAGAGGACGAACACCGGACGAGCGAACGGAAACAACACGCAACAGUUUGGGAAACGGCUGGUGCACCGCAGGGUACCAGUGCAUGAUGAAACAAGUACCAGGCCAGCGGCACUGGCUAUCUUGACUGGCAGCAGCCAGCCACUCAAAGGAGUCUCGGAGUGGAUGUGGCAACAGCAGUAGACGUUCAUCUGCAAGACACGACGGUCCAAAUAAUGCGUUUGGUGGCUGAGGGACCAUUGUCUUUGAAGAAACCCAUUCAUGCUAUCUUAAUGGGGCGAUCCUCCUUGGGCCAAUCGGGAGUGUUCUUAGUUCCCGAGGUAAUAGACCCUGAUUGUCGGGGACCAAUUUCUGUGCUACUGUAUACCUUAACUCCACCUGUGUUUGUUUCAGCAGGUACACGUAUAGCUCAAUUUAUUCCCAUACCAGCUGGGAGCCUGAAUAGCUCAGGGGCGGAUCAGAAAGGGGGAUUUGGCUUCACAGGGACCCAUAGCCUGUUUGACUACUCAACUCAGAGAUCAACCAAUGAUGUGGUUAAAAUUGCAAUGUAAUCAGAUUAGCAUCACUGUUACAGCUUUGCUAGACUCUGGGGCAGAUGUCUCCCUGGUCUCUUCUGAUAUCUGGCCGCACCAGUGGCCUACUACUACUGUUAAUAAUAUCAGUGGGGUGAGUGGAUCUUCAUCCACUCAUAAGUCAACAACAUCCAUUGUAGUAUUGGUGGGCUCUGAGAAUGCUGUUACCGUAGUGCUACAUGUAGCCAGACUGCCUGGGGGCCUGCAGAUGUUGCUUGGCUUGUCUUGGGUAUACCCCACUCUUCAACAGGGCAGGCUGUCAUAGAGAGGACGCACGCUGUGCUGAAAACUCAGUUUGAGCGCCUUUCAGGACAGAAUCUACCUGUCCCUGAAAUUGUAGAUAGAGCUUUGUUUGCAUUGAAUCACUUAUUCAUUAGGGGCCAGAGUACUAGUCCUGCCAUCGCUUUGCAUCAUGCUUCGCUAAGAAUGUGCUCGCUUGCUGAUAGCCCUAAGGUCAUGUAUAAGGAUGCUACAACUGGUCUUUGGAAGGGUCCAGCUAAUAUCAUCUUUGUGGGCUGGGGAUAUUUUUGUCUCUCCACAGAUACUGGCCCUCUUUGGGUUCCUGCUCGCAGUGUGCGGCCUGCGGGGGAGUCUCACGAUACAUCGCAUAAACCCACGGGAGAACAUGUGGGUCAGCUGGUCUAAUCUUACUGGACAGACAGAGUUCUGUUUGUCCCUAACUUCUGUCACUGACCCCUUUCGUACCUGUUUAAUUGGGGUGCCUUAUCUAGUCCUGGAAGAAUUCGGGCACUUUUCCACACAGAAUUGCAGUUCUGCAGCGUCCAUUGCAGGAUGUUCCGCUGAACUGAUUGCUGAAUUAAAUGUCUUACUGCCUUGGGAUCCCCAGGAACUGCAACUUAUGGGGUCGCAGGCAAUAGGGAACAUGUCACAAAAUUGGACCCAGACCUGCUUUGUAUUCGGUAAUACCCAGCAAGGCCUGAAUCCUUAUAAAGGGCUGAAUUGGACUUCCUGGACCAAUGUAUCUAGCGGUGGUAAUUUUACUUAUCGGGAUGCUGGUGGUUACUGUGGCACCAAUAUGUCAAAAAGAGUUUGGGUGCCUGUGGCGCAGCUGCAAAAGGUAACAGCGCGACUAUAUGGUGCAAUGGCUCUGCAAAGGCAUUGCCUCCGGACAUCUUUUUGACCUGUGGAAACAGUGUGUGGCAAGGCAUCCCUAGCUGGGUGAUAGGUGGACCUUGUUAUUUAGGAAAAUUAACUAUGUUUGCCCCUAUCUUUGCCCAGCUUUGAAACAUUAGUCUCUCUAACUGCUCUAACCGUAUGAAGCGUGCUCUGCUAACCCCUGAAUGUAAUGAUAGCGUUGAGUUCUUAUCGCUUGCCGCAAGGGUUGCACUCUCCUUUUUCGCCCCUGGUGCUGCAGCAGCUGAGGCACUUCGGGAAGUUGAGCGCCUUGCCUGCUGGUCAGAGAAACAAGCUAAUAUCACCACUGAAUUUUUCAAAUAGCUUCUGCUUGAUCAAAACAGCUUACGACAUGCCUUGCUACAAAAUCGCGCUGCCAUAGACUUUCUGUUAUUAGCUCAAGGGCACGGGUGCGAAGAUUUAGAGGGAAUGUGCUGUUUUAAUCUUAGCAACCAUUCAGAAUCGAUUCGUAAGGCCAUAUCUACUUUGAAGCAACAUACGUCUAAGAUCCAGCAAGAUAUAAGUCCCCUUGAGAAGUGGCUGAAUAGUUUAGACAUCACGGGAUGGCUUAGUGGCCUUGUCAAGGAGGGCCUUCGUCGACUGAUGUUGCUGGUGGUGGGAAUCCUCAUAAUUUGUUCGGUUAUUGCUGUUGUUAAGAAAAUGCUCUUGAAGGUUACUUCGGCUGUUUUGCUUGCACAAGAAAAGAACAGGGGAAUUGUGGAAGGAUGGCUGACCCAGGGAGGUCAUAUUUAUCUCCCCCUGGGUCACUGCGAGCAAAACAACUGCUACGGAUUGCUGACUCGCAUGGACCAACGAUGGGAGUAGGCGGAAGGAAUGCGAAACUGCGAUACAGACCGCUGUGCCAGCAAUCUUGAGACAAGCUGCAAUCAACCGCAAGUUAUGAGAACCGUGCCUUGUUGUACUUAGCAUGCUAUUUGUACCUCUCUAUAUAAACGGCUGUUUGCAGUUAUUAAAUGGCUUGGCUACUAGUAA